AUGCGGCUCCUGAAUACACGUACCUACCAACUGCGCACCUUCGCCUCUCCAGAGAUCACGCCUAGAUACGCCAUCCUCUCUCAUUGCUGGACCGAGGAUGAAGUUGACUUCUCCGACAUUCAAGACCUCACGCGCGCCCGCUCUCACCGGGGGUGGGCCAAAGUGGAAGGUGCAUGUGCUGCCGCGCUCUCCCAGGGUUAUGACUGGGUUUGGCUCGACACAUGCUGCAUCGACAAGUCUAGCAGCGCGGAACUCUCUGAAGCAAUAAACUCUAUGUUUACUUGGUAUGGGCGCGCCGACAUAUGUCUGGUCUACCUCAGCGAUGUUGGCGACGAAGACCCACACCAACCGCAGUCAUCAUUCCGCCACAGCCGCUGGUUCACCCGUGGCUGGACGCUCCAGGAACUCAUAGCUCCCGGUCGCUCCGUUGUUUUCUUCUCCCACGAUUGGCGUCGCAUUGGGUCUACCCCCCAGCUCGCCCCACUCCUCGAGCAGAUCACCACUAUCGACGCUGCCGUCCUGCUCUCCGACGACCCCGCGCGCGCCAUCUCCCAGCUGAGCAUCGCGCGCCGCAUGUCCUGGGCCGCGGGACGGCAUACGACGCGCCCCGAAGACCGUGCAUACGCACUCAUGGGCAUGUUCGACGUGCACAUCCCUCUCAUCUACGGCGAGGGCAGCGAACGCGCGUUCCGCCGUCUCCAGCUCGAGAUCAUCAGCCACACCUUCGACCACAGCAUCUUCGCAUGG